AAUAAAUUAAUCGAAAAUCAAUAAUAACAUAGAGAGGCUUAUUUUUAUUAUUCGUGCCAAAUUUUAAUAUUUUCUACCAAAAAAUUCGAAAUGUCUUUAAUUCCAUUUGCAAGAAUGUGUAGUUGGGACCCAUGGUCAAUUGCACCUCAAAUGCUCUACAAUCAAGGAAUAGGAAUGGAUUUAAUGGAAAUGGAGCGUGAAAUGAAGGGAUUAACCAAUGCAAAAUUUGGAUUUUCUGAGUUGAAUGUUGACAAUAAUCAUUUUGAGGUAAAACUAGAUUGCCAUCAUUUUAAACCAGAGGAGAUGAAUGUUAAAGUUAAUGAUAAUACGCUUACCAUUCAUGCCAAACAUGAAGAAAAACAAGAUGAUCAUGGUUAUAUUUCAAGAGAAUUUACUAGGAAAUACACAUUGCCUCCAGGAUGUGAUCUGACCAAGUUAAAAUCACAAUUAACUCAAGAUGGAAUGCUGAGCAUUGAUUGCCCUAGACAAGUGGUUGAAGAAAAAGGUGUUAGAAACAUACCAAUUGAAAGAUCAUCAUCUAGUCGUCAAGCUAUAAAACAUAAUUAAUUAAUUUUAUUAAUAAUUAGUAAUUGUUUAAUAUUAACAUAAUUUAUUUUAAAUAGUAUAAUUAAUAUAUCAGAUUAGUAAAACUUUAGAAAUAACAAAUUAUACAAUAAAAUCUUUAAUAAUUAUAUUUUAAUUUAAUAUAGACAUAACCUGGAUUUGGCAAAACACUAGAAUUGGAUAUUAUAAAACAUUUAACUUGUUUAUUUGUAUGCCCAUUUGGGCUUAGGCAGAUUAAACUAAAUCUAAAGCUCACUUCAUAAGUAAUCAUGCUAAAACCUUUUAUAAUUAAUAUCCUUCAAACAAUAACUCAAUUAGAAUAGAAACACUAGUUCUUUAAUUUGAUCUAUA